AUGGCCAGCUCUGUUAGCGACGCAACAGAUGGUCACUCCCUGUUGUUGUGUGACCACUCCAACGAAACCCCUGUCCCCGUCCCCUUCUCCUCCCACCCCGGCGGCCGCACCCCCGCCCGCCAUGGCCCCGCCGGCGCCACACCUCGCGACGAGCUCCUGGAGGAGAUCUUCCUUCGCCUGCCCACCCCGGCCGCGCUCGCACGCGCCUCAACCGCCUCCCCCCGCUUCCGCCGCAUCAUCACCGACCGCUCCUUCCUCCGCCGCUUCCGCAAACUCCACCCGCCGCCGCUCCUCGGGUUCGCCGACGAACGUGCAGGCUUCCACCCCGCCGAGGCUCCCCAUCCCUCCGCUCCGCUCGCCCGCGCCCUCGCCGACGCCGCUGAUUUCACCUACUCCUUCGUCCCCAAGCCCAGUAAUGACCACUCCUGGCGUCCCUGCAACGUCCGCGACGGCCGCGUCCUCCUCGAGAGCAGCCGAUACGGGACCUUCAGAGAGCUCGCGGUGUGCGAUCCGUUGUCACGGCGCUACGUUCUGCUUCCGCCCAUACCCGAGCACAUGUCAGUCCAGGAACAGCGCCCUUUGGGAAUUCAGGUCCAUCCUGGCUCCCAUUGCCGAGGAGGACGAGGACGAGACGUCGUUCAAGGAGGAGGAGGGAAUUCUUCCAUUAUGAAGAUGUUUACUGGUACUUUGGCUUCCCUCCAUCUUUGUGAAAACCGAGUAUAUGAAGCGGGACAAACACAUUUGGAGUCUCUUGUUUGGGCUAUGCGAUGCUUUUGAGAAGAAAUGGAGGAUAUACAAGAUGGUGAUGCGAAUAUGCUGGCUAGAUAUAGUACUCUAGCCCUGGUAUUAUUUAUCAGGAACUAUCCAUUAUGUGCUUCACUAUAUAUGUCCAUGUGCAGCAUAUUUCAGCAAGACAUGUUGUAGGAGGUGAAUUUGUAUAUGUACUUUGUUGUAGGCAAGCUUAAUUUUAUCGAACUCUAAUAUGUAAGAGUCCGUGUGUUGGGAGAAUGACACACCCUAAACCUAUUUGUGGUGGUGUGUUCACAUGCCUGGACCUAGUUGUGGUUGCAGCCGCAAACAAUAUGCUAUGCUCUGCUCUGCUCGCCAUGUUCAUCCACCAUCUAGCUUCCAUGCAUCUGAU